AUGCCGUCGGGAAAGACAAGGACUAAAGAAGAUACCUGGAAGGAAGAUGAUUUAAAAAGAGCUAUUAAGGGUAAAGAUGAAGGAAGACAUCGAAGUGAAAGGAGGAGAAAUCAUGACGAUGAUAAGGGUUCCAGCAGACAUGCUAGAAAAGAAGAAGGUGGCCAAGUAGGAGAUGAUAAAAGAAAAGAGCGACAUGAUCGACCUGAGCAUAGAGAUAAACACAGGGAAGCACGUGAAGGACGAGAGCAUGAAUCGAAGAAGGAUAGAGAUGAAAGACAUCGAAGUAGAGAAAAUAGACAUGAUCGUAAGAUUCGUCAAACUAAGGAUGAUUACGGUGAGGAUGCGAAACAUGAUCGAGAUCGAAAAAAGAAAGAUGAUAAUGAAGAACGGCAUCGAGAAAGAAAAAGAGAUGGCAAAGAUGCUGAUAGAGAGAGGAAACACCGUGACGAUAAAGGCGAUAGCCACGAUAGGCAUAGGUCUUCCAGAUCAACCGCUAAUAAUCAAGAUGAUUCAGAAAGGAAAUUAGAAUCCAGUCGUAGACAUAAGGAAGAUAAUCAUUCUAUUGAGCGCCCAGAGAGGCAUCCCCGUCCUUCUGAAGAUAAAGAAGCACGAGAUCGGCGCCGUGAUAGGGAUAGAAAAUAUCGUGAGAAAGAGCAGAAAAAACAAAGUGAGGAAUUGAAAGACGAUCAUCGACCAAGACACAGAAUAGAGCGACCGUCACAUGAGGGUGUUGAUAGACAGGAUAAAGAUCGAAGUAGAGAUCGUAGACGACAUCACAGCAAAGAGGGUGGUUCUGAAAUACAGGACAAGGAAAAUCGCGAUGAAGAUAAAGAAAGACAUAGAAGACAUGAGACGGAGGAAGAAAGAGAAGAACAUCGACGUAGAAGAAAGGAAGAGACCGAGGAAGAGAAAGAAGAGCGCCGACGUCGACGAAAGGAAGAGACCGAGGAAGAAAGAGCUGAACGAAGGAGAAGACGGCAUGAACGAGAGCAGGCUGAUGAGGAGAAGGAUGAACAUAGAAGACGAAGAAAAGAUGAGACUGAAGAGGAAAGAGAAGAACGUAGGAGAAAACGACGAGAAGAAAGAGAAAGAGAAAAGGAACACAUUCAUGAGGGAGAAGAUCACCGACAUCGAAACAGAAACGAACAACCAGAAGGUGAAGCAAUCGAAGAUUAUACGAAGCACAAAGAUCGUCCCGAUAGACCAAAAGAGGCAGGGUCUAAACGGACAAUUAUAACUGAAAAAGAAAGGAGAGCGUAUAUGGCAUUAAAUGACAGCGAUGAUCAGAAAACUGAUAAAGAGAAAGAAUUAAGGAUUAAGGAGAGAGAAAAGGCCAUGCUAAAACAACUCAAAAAGGAGGAACGCAAGAAAGACAUUUUAACUACUGAUCUAAAGUUCCAUACUACAAGUGCAGAGAGUGCAGAUGUAGUAGAUGACGAAGAAUCGGCACCGAAAGCUGCUUCGGCAGUUAGUGCUGCGGAAGCUAAAAAUCUAUUACAAGAUAGUGAUCUACAGACAUUUGGUAAAAAUGGCCAGCAAGAACCACAGGAUAAUUAUGAAGACGAUUUUGAGGAUUACGAAGAUGAUUUUGAAGAAGAUGGUGACGAAGACGUCGAUGAGGUAAUGCAAGCCAUGAGAAAAGAAAAUGAAAGCUUAAACAGAACAACAGCGGAUGAAAUAAUAGAAUCUAAAACAACGGAGAAAGAAGCACGACCAACUAAGGGAUUUAUUAAUUUUACCGCUGCAAAACAACGAACAUUAAAUGCGAAAGUAGCUGAAAAAACUAAAAAAAGAGGAAAGGAAUUAUUAAAGUUAAUUGAUUUGGAUAGCGUUGGAUUUAAUAUGUUUGAACUUGAGCCCUUGAAUGAGUAUUCCCUAUAUAUGAAAAGUUUUGGUCGGACCAACACCGAUCAAGCUUAUGUCCAAUGCGGUGAUGAUAAUCUUGAUCAAGAAAUUCAAACUGAGGACAUUACUACUACGGAUAGAUGGGUUCAAUUUCCAGCUGAAGGAACCCUUAGUCACGGCGCCAGUCAAACUAGAAAUAAUGACGAUUUAUUCAGCGAUUCUGAAGCUAUAGUAAUGCAAAAUGAUUCAUUAAAAUUGUCGCAGUUUCUUCAAUCUGCUGGUAGUCAAGUCCAGACUCAAGUCAGUGGUGAUAUCUUCACUUGCGGUAGUAAAUUAUCAUUUUUACAAGGUCGGCCAAUCUCUCGUAUGCAAUUUUUGCAUAAUCAAACUCAUCUACUGUUGACUCUCCACCAACCAGCAGCUAAUCCAGUUUCGGUUAAAUCCGCCAUCACCAGUGAUAUGUCAUUUAUAUGCUUAUGGAAUAUCAACGAACCAUCGCAGCCCCAAAAAGUACUUAUUAGUGACGAUAUGCCAAAUUGUUGCUGUAUGUCACCCCAAAAAGCAUCGUUGGCGUUCGCUGGAACGAUGGAUGGUGCGGUACUGGUUUGGGAUCUUCGUGAAACGUCUUCACUCCAUAAAUCUUUCACUAUCGAUGGUGUCGACUGGUAUUUAAGACAUCCAACUUAUUCUACAAAUGAAUCAUCGGGUUUAUCAUUUCAACUAGCAUCAUUAGAGAGAGAAGGAACAAUAAAUAUUUGGGUCGUAGUGGAAAUUUCUCGACCAGAUCUCGCCGGAUCUACAGUAGAUCUUGAUGAGCUAGCUUAUUAUGAUCGUUUGCGGUGUAUAGACCUUCCUUUGCUUACGUUACGUACGAAGAAGGCUGUAGUUAAUGCUUCAUGGUCUCGUAGUCGACCAAGUGUAAUCUAUGCCGUAGAUGAAAACUCAACAUUUUAUGUUUGGUCACUUCUGGAAACUGCUGCUGAGCCAGCUAUAGUUGAUAAAUUCACAAAUAGCAAGAUAACGACAUUUGUAUUGUCGAACGAUGUUGCAGCUUUGGGUUUAGGGACUCCUGGCAGACCACCACAAAUGGCUAUUUCAUAUGACAGUGGUCGAAUGGAAAUUCACACUUUCAACACACGAUUUGGAUCGCCUGUAGAAAAUGAGCUUCAAAAUCUAGAAAGUUAUUUUAAUAAGAUUGUAAUAUAA